GCAAGAUCAAGUCAUACAAUUACGAAACAAUUAAAGCUAGCUAGCAUGGCUAACAAUAAUCUCGCUGUGCUCACAGCUCUCGACAAUGCGAAAACGCAAUGGUACCAUGUCAUGGCCAUUGUGAUCGCCGGAAUGGGAUUUUUUACCGAUGCGUACGAUCUUUUUUGCAUUUCGACAGUGUCGAAAUUAUUAGGCCGACUUUAUUAUUACGAUCCAACGACUGGGAAGCCAGGGAAGCUCCCGCACCACACCAAUAAUCUUGUGACUGGCGUGGCGCUAGUGGGAACUCUAACGGGCCAGCUCUUCUUCGGGUGGCUCGGGGACAAGCUAGGCCGAAAGAAAGUGUACGGAGUGACGUUGAUUCUUAUGGUUGUGUGCGCGCUUUGCUCGGGGCUCUCGUUCGGCUAUAGUGCGAAUGCGGUGAUUGGGACGCUAUGUUUCUUUCGGUUUUGGCUCGGUUUCGGUAUUGGAGGUGAUUAUCCGCUCUCGGCUACUAUAAUGUCCGAGUACGCGAAUAAGAAGACACGUGGAGCGUUUAUAGCUGCGGUGUUCGCUAUGCAGGGGAUGGGGAUUAUUUUUGCAGGCCUUGUUUCGAUGAUUGUUUCGAAAUUGUUUCUUGAUUUUGACCAUUCUCCGCAUUUUGCUGAUAAUCCGGUCUUGUCCACCCAGCCUCAGGGGGAUUAUGUGUGGAGGAUUAUACUAAUGAUGGGGGCCGUGCCCGCGGGUCUGACGUACUAUUGGAGGAUGAAGAUGCCGGAGACAGGGAGGUACACGGCCAUAAUUGAGGGCAAUGCUAAACAGGCAGCCGCGGAUAUGGGACGGGUUCUUGAGAUCGAGAUCCAAGCAGAGCCGGAUAAGUUGUCAGACUACAAGGCCGCGAAUAGUUAUACUUUGUUUUCGGCUGAGUUUCUGAGGAGACAUGGCUUUCAUUUACUUGGAACUACGACAACUUGGUUUUUGCUAGACAUUGCGUUUUACAGCCAGAAUUUGACGCAAAAAGAUAUAUUUCCUGUGAUGGGGCUUACGAGCAAGGACGUUGAUGUCAGUGCUCUUCGCGAGAUGUUUGAGACCUCACGAGCCAUGUUCGUGAUUGCCCUGGUUGGGACGUUCCCCGGGUACUGGUUUACAGUAUUCUUCAUCGAAAAAUUGGGGAGAUUCAAGAUCCAAUUGAUGGGAUUCAUGAUGAUGACAAUUUUUAUGUUAACCAUUGGAAUAAAAUAUGAUUACCUCAAGAAUAAGGAGCAUAAAUGGACUUUCGCAACCCUCUAUGGCCUCACUUUCUUCUUUGCUAAUUUCGGGCCUAACAGCACAACUUUCGUGCUGCCUGCAGAGCUGUUCCCGACUCGGCUGAGGUCCACGUGUCACGCGAUAAGCGCUGCGUCAGGCAAGGCAGGGGCGAUAUUCAGUGCUUUUGUGGUGCAGAACUACACUUUGGAUGGGUCAGUGCCGAAGAUCAGGAGAGCAAUGUACUUUCUGGCCUUUACAAACUUGUUAGGCUUUUUCUUCACCUUCUUUGUGCCGGAGACAAAGGGAAGGUCCCUCGAAGAGAUCUCCGGUGAGGACGACGGCACGGGGGCCGCAGAUAAAUCGCCUGAUAAUAACGUCAAGGAAUCCAUAUAGCUCGGUGCAUGUACGAAGACCGGGAGGGACAUUUAUAAGACUACAAAUUAAGUGAUGUAAUGUUAUACAGGGGAUAUGAAUAAAUGGCUGAAGGACUGUAUACACGGUCUUUCGCUUGAGAGGUGAUUGUUGUGUGUGUACGUACGUAGGUAAGGUUGUAUUUGUUUCUUCUUUCUUGUCUCGAAUAAAUAAGAGCCUGCAAUGUAACUUUGUAUUUGCGUGAA